AUGGAUCAAGAUCCGGUUAGAACACUGCAGUUCCCUCCAUAUUGGUGGAGAUCAAGGUCAUUUGAUGAAAUCAUUGAAGAUUCACGUUAUAUCAAGCAUCUUUCACAAUAUCGCUUAUCAACUGGUUCAUACAAUAUUGAUAAUAUAUUAAACGGUGGAAUACCAAAAGGCUGUCUAUUUGAAAUAACGGGAGAAGCUGGAAGUGGGAAAACUCAAUGGUGCUUAAAUCUAGCUAUUUCAGUACUUAUAGAGCAGAUAAAAAGUAUGAGUGGGAAGUUUAUUAGAUUAAGUGGGAUUAAAAGUAUCCAAAUUGGGAUUGUGUGCAUAUUGUUUACUGAGGAUGGGACAUUUCCAAGCGAUAGACUAUAUGAGAUAACACUCAAUAAGCUUAGGAAUAUUAGAUCUAUGGAAGAUAAAUAUGAAGUAGAUGACAAGGAAUUAGAUACCAUAGCACAUCACUUAUUAAAUAAGGUUUGUAUAUUCCAUUUAAAAUCUACAUUGUCAAUUAGUGAUUUUAUACAAAAGAAUAUACCAGCCUUAUUCUCAAAAUUUAAAAUAGAGGCUCUAAUAAUUGACUCUAUAACAAAUAUAUUUAUAUCAAAUUUAACCUCUUUACAAAAUCGUACUGAGAAUAUAUUUAGUAAUAAUAUUCACAAAGCAACUAAUACAACAACAAGUUUACUUCAAUUUGCAAAUACUCUCAAACGUAUUGCUAUUGAUCAUGAAUGUUGGUUGAUAAUUACAAAUCGAACUACUACAGAUAUUUCAAUGAAUAGCUUAUAUAAUAAUAAUGAAAAUAUAAAACCGUCACUAGGUUUGCUAUGGUCUAAUUCCGUUAAUUGGAGGGUCUUCAUUUCGAAAGAUAAGUCUACAGUUUCACUAAAUACAAAUAACCAAUUAUCACGUAUAAUGAAUAUACAAUUGUCACCUGAAACUCCAAAAUUAAAGUAA